UGAACGGGCCGGGCCGGGAUGACGAGCGCCGAGAAUUACCGGGCCAUCGUGCGCUACCUGACCCACCGGAAGCAGCCGUACGCGGCGGGCACGGCCGAGCACACCAAGCGGGCCAUCCGCAAGGCCGCCGCCUGCUACGUCUUCCGGGACGGGCUGCUCUUCUACCAGCGGCGGCGGCGGGACAGCGGGCGGCUGGACGAGCUGGAGGUGGUGGUGGAGGAGCCGCGGCGCCGGGAGAUCUUCCGGCGCUGCCACAUCAGCCGGAGCGGCCGCCACUACUCGAGGGAGAUCACAGGCAUCAAUGUCAGCAGCGGCUACUGGUGGAGAGGAAUUUUGAGCCAAAUCUCACAGUUUGUCAAACAGUGUGAAGUGUGCAGGUCAGGUGCAGACAAAAUCUGCCAUCUGUCAGAAGACCUGCCCGCAGACUUAGAAAUAGGCCAAGAGACUGUCAAAAGGGAAGAAGCUUCAGCAGCAAGACCUAACCAGAAUAAUCUGGAAGACCAUAUGGGAGCACAACACAUUCAGGGAAAUGAAAAGCACUUUACCAAUCAACACUCUCAUCAGGCUGAGCUUCAGAGGAUUGUAAAACAGACCUCCACUGGACACAGCCGUGUUGUGCUAGAUCAGCUGAAUGAGCAGCGGAAUCUAAAUAAGUUUUGUGACAUUGCCUUGCUUAUCGAGGGAGAGGAGUACCGGGCACACAAGUCUGUGCUGGCUGCCAACAGCAAGUACUUCCAGGAUCUCUUCACCGAGAAAGGAGCUACUGCCAGUCAGGAAGCAGUAGUGGAGUUGGCAGGCUUUGCAAAACCAAGCUUUUUACCUUUGUUGGAUUUCUGUUAUACAUCCUGCUUGACAAUUGAAAUGCUUCACCUGGUUGACAUCAUUAGUGUUGCUGAGCAUCUCAAGAUGGAGGAAGUUAUCAGCUUGUGUAAACAGAUUCAGCUGGAAAUGGAAAUUAAGGAAGAAAGCUGUGAAAACAGGUCAUAUAAUUCAGCUAGCAAAGGCUAUGCUUGUACUUCGAAGCAAAUUAAGUUGUCGACCAGCAAAGCUGCAAAUCAAAAGGCCUUUGGGAAAGAAUCUGCUCUAAUCUCUCAACUCUUUGAACUUCCUAUCAAAACAGGUGAUAAGUGCAGUAUAGUUGGAGGUAAUCAAUCUCACAGAGUUGAUGAAAGAGGAAGCAUUGUCAACAAAGACCAGAAAAGAUUUAGUUGGAGAGGUUCAGAUAAUGGAGUUGCUUUGCAAGCAUUUGAUGAUGAAGACUAUUGUGUGGCAAUGAGUGAUGAUGAAAAUGCAAAAACUAAUGUGGAAAAUCAGUAUAACCAUAGGGCUCAAAAUCCAGAAGUAGAAGUAACACUGGGGAUGGACUGCAUCUCAGCAAAUGACGAUAACUUUAUUACUGGCAGCCUGAAAAGAUCAGGAGUGAUCAGACCUGUAAACCAAAAGGCUCAUCAAAAGCGGCUGAAGCGAUGGAAACAUUUGGCCAUCAAGUCACUCACCAAGAUGAAGGAUGGGAACGCUGCCAGUUUUACCUGUACCGAGUGCGGUGAAUCAUUCCAGUCAGCUUGGAACCUACAGAAGCAUGUGGAAUUGCAUGGGAAAACAAAAGGAUUCAAGUGUGCAAUCUGCGGUAAGGAAUUUUCUUAUAUAUCUUCAUUGAAGACUCAUUUGAAGAGACAUGUCCCUGACAGACGCAGGUCCAGCUCUGCUGCUGUAAAGUGUAAGCAGCAGAAAUUUAUAUGUACCACAUGUGGGAAACUGAGCCGCAGCCUUUAUGAGCUUGAGAUGCACGAGCUGAAGCAUGCUGGGGAGAAACCACAUAAAUGCAUGAUCUGCAACAAGUCUUUUGCCUACAUCCACAUCUUGAAGCUUCACUUGAAAUAUCACCAAGAUGCAAAGGACUACCGUUGUGAAUUGUGUGGGAAAGAACAUUCCAAUGCCAGUUCAUUGUGGUACCACAAACUUGCUCAUUCGGAUGAACUGCAGUAUUGCUGUAUUCUGUGUGGAAAGAGAUUUAAAACUCCUUCAGGUUAUAAUCGGCAUAAGAAAAAGCAUCAUUUAUCAGAAGAGACAUUCCCCUAUAAUCAGUGUGAUACAUGUGGCAAGGUGUUUUGUGACUGCAAACGGACGAGAAGAGCACAUUGUGAAGACAGACCACGAAUCAGUCGGACUGUAGAGCACGUUUGUGAGCAUUGUGACAAGAUAUUCAACCAGAUCGAGGACUAUCGUAAGCACAUGACUCAACACACAGGUUUAAAACCGUUCCAGUGCUUGACCUGUGGUUUGUCCUGGGCUGACCCUCGCUCAUUACGGCAUCACAUUCGUGAGCACACUGGUGAAAAGCCUUACAUCUGUUCCAUCUGUCGAGAUCCUCACAUCGAUGCACGGAGUUUGCGGCUACACAUGAAAAAGCUCCACGGAAAUGCUGUUCCGAAGCGUAUUACGCUUAAAAGGGAACCACUGCCUCUACACAAAUACUCAACACGUUUGACCCAUGAUAUGUUUAUGUCACCAAGGACAGAUCAGAAGCAGGAGGAUGAUUCCAUGAAAGAAAUAAAGCAAUAGGGUGAUGGCACUGCGGAAGAAUGAAAAGCAAUUCCAACCAUUUCUAACGAGCUCUCCAAAAAUCUUCCCAUCCUGUCUAAUCGAAUUUUCUAACUUUCUUGGAUGAGCCAAGUUCUGCCUCUGUUUUAGAAUGGAAAAAUCCAGGCAUUGAAGUGCCCGCAGGAUCACUAGAACAGCAAGUGUGAAUGUGUUUUGUAUAAAGUCUUAACUUUUUUUCAAAGCCCUGUGAAAAGAGAACGUUUUCUGUGAAGCAAGUAGUUUUUGACUUUUUUUAAAUAAAGUUUACUUUUGUGUAAAAAAAAAAACAAAACCUUUGAAGUAUUAUAAAAGAGUGAGAACUUGUUUAGAAUAUAGUUCGAAAUAUAGUUAGAAAUUUCAGAAGGGUAACUACUAAACUCCUUCCCUUAAUGUCAACAAUACAAACCCAAUAUUAGACAGUACUAAGAAGGAGCAUAUUGCAGUUGUUAAGUGAUUUGGAACUUUGAACCAGCAUACUACAGAGGGAAGCAGUUGUGUAUUUUUUUGCUGUCCUGAUUCACAUACAUUUGUUUUUAGCCUCCCAAUUUUUUCAUGAGAUUGGCAUUAUUCAAUUAAAUGCUGAUGCUCCACACAUGGUUACCUUUUUAAUGACUUUCACAUUUUGUUUCAUAAUUAGGAUUGGCUGUUGAGCAUUUCUUUUCUUUCGAAUACAGCCUGUUAGUACAUUUGUAUUAAAUAAGGAAACAAAAGUUCCGACUUUUCAUUGAGAUGGAUGUAGCUUGCUAGGUGAUUUAAAACUGCGGAUUUUGUUUCUUUGCCAUGAGCAAUUGGAGCCAGUUGUGAUCUUUUUGAUGAACAGAUUUGGCCAUUUUAAUGUAUUAAUUGAAGGGAAUGCUGCAAAGCCCAGUGAAACUUGUCCCGAGGCAGCAGAAGCCAUGUCUGGACAACGUCAGUGUUUGGACAGAUGGCCAGAGUUAUAAAGGUCUGCAGGUCUGAUACACUGCCAGGGAUUCCUGCAGGGACGCUAAAGGAAGUAUAUACCUCAGCAAUUUGAGAGAGAUUAAAGUGUUAUUUUUCAAGUGCUAAGCAGGAUUUAUUUUUUAAUAGGGAAUUUUUGACCCCUUUUUCCUGGAUGUACCAUGUACUUUCUUCCAUACCUGCCAAACCUUUGGCAUCUCAGUUUUAAUGGUUGCUUCAAUAAGGUUGAAUAGUUGAAUUGUGCACACUUUUAAACACUGUUUCAUCUUGGCAGAAUUGAAGUGCUGCUAAAAUGAUAAAGUAUCUGUUGUAUUUAAUGGUGCUUUUCAGGAAAUUUUAGUCAUUUAAUCUUCUAAAGUAUUUGUGAGCUCUGGGAUUUACGUUUACCAUAUGAUCUGCUACUGAAUUAUUUUGACAGAUCUUCUAGAAACAGACAUCAGCUUGGGCUGCCCUGAUCAUUCUGGCUAAAAUUAAUUUCUGGAACCUAGCACUCUGUCCCACAGGUGAUAGAACUGCACUCGUAAUGAGCACUUAGCACUACUGAGGAGUUUCUGUGCUCCUGUUUGCAGCUUUGUGGAAACUGCUUCUUUAUAGACACAUCUGUAAAAUCUGUCAGAAGGCUGUUAGUAAGUGAGACAAUAGCAGAUCGUGCACAUCACACACUAAAAAUUAGAAAGGCAGGAAUGUGUACAUUAAUGCAGCGAGCACUGAAGCAAGUGCUGCUGUUAACAAGUCCUAUGUGAUUAAGUGAAAUGCUGCCCUUUUCUCUUUUCAUCACCUGUCAUUCUCUCCACCCUCAUCCCCUUUGACCACACAUUAAGCAUGUCUUGUACACAGUUAAAUCCAGUAAAGUUACUGUUUUUGGCCUGAGUGUAGUUACUUGCUUUAUGUGAUUUUUAUCUUUACUACGGUUUUUAAAAGAUAAAAAAGCACACUUUCUAUUCAUUUUAUUAGCACUGGAAUAUAAACAGAGUUAACACAACUAAUUUAAUUACCCAAGCUUUGAGUCAGUUCCCUUUGUAGUUAUUUGUAUGGUUAAUUCAAGGCAAAAGAUCAACUUUUGUCUAUCCUGAUAAUACAUUAUUUUUACAUUUUUUUUGUCGCUACAGCUUUGAUACCCAGAAUCUGUGGAGUUUGCAAGUGUGGAAGUGACUGUGGGUGUUUUCCGAUCCUAUUCCUUUAUAAGUGAACCCUGGUGCUUUGGCUUUUUUUAAAGGCCUUGUUAACUUGCAUUGCCACUUUUAAUAAUUUGUACAUUUGUAUCUCUAUAUCUCUUUACUCCUGUACCCCAUUUAGACUUAUUUUUCAAGGAACAUGCAGCCUCCUUAUUCCUCCCACUAAAAUGCACCAUCUCACACUUACCUUCAUUGAAGCUCAUUUACUCACCUGUUCUGCAAGCUGCUUAUUGCCACCUUGUAUUUUGUUGCAAUCUUCCUCCGUAUUAACUGCACCUCCAAUUUGGUGCCAUCCACAAAUUUUGAGAUUGUAUUGUUGAUUCCUGAGUCCAAAUUAGGUACCUAUGUUGUGAACAGCACUGAAUCCAGGACAGAACCUUGUGGAAUACCACUUCCCAUCUACCUGAGUACCUGCCUUUAACCCCUACUCUGUUUUCUGUAGUCAGCUUGCUAUCCAUUCUACUACUUGUCCCCUGACUCCACAUGUUCUGACCUUAGUCAUGUGUCUACCUUAUCAAAGAACUGAUAGCCCCAUGUGUAGCUUUGAGAUGGCAUCAUCUAACAAGUGAGCCAAAAAUACAGUGAUCUUGUUUGGCUGUAAGUGGAUUCAUGAAUAAUUGAGAGUUCAAUGAAGUCCCUUUUUUUAUUGCUGGUGUAAGACAGAGGACAGUGUUGAUCACAGUGUAUGCUAUUCUUGUACUGGAGUUUUUACAAUGACGUGUAUUUUGAAAGUAUUUUAUUCCUACCUGGAGACUGUAUGACAGGGGAAUCUUAAAAUUUCAAAAUAAAAAUGUGACACUGCAA